AUGCCUGCCGUCGUAGCUCACUCGCAUAGGCCCACGACCAAGGUCACCCAUAAGCCUUUCAAAUCCAAGGCGGCUUCCAAGCAUGAGCUGCGCGACCGUGCUAAAGGUCGAGUCCCCAACGAGCGUGGUCUACGAAAAACCCCCCACCAACAAGUCAUGUCCAAACUCGAUCGCCGCAACCAGGCCAAGCAGGCCCGCCUCACCAAGCACAAGGACCAUUUGAAAGAAACCCAGAUCUUCACAGGACGCGACGGCGCACCCAGAAUUGUGGCCGUUCUGCCUCUCUGCUCCAACAGCGACGCAAAGGCUGUUGCCAAGCAAUUGAACGCCAGUGUGGACAUCGAGGCCGAUGUUCAGGACAACAACUUCCGAGUCACAGUCGAUCGCUUCAAGCAGAAGAUUCAAUAUGUUCCCCUUCAGAGAGACCUGAGCGCCUGCCUGGAUGCUGCGAGAGUUGCCGACUUCGUCCUCGUUGUGCUGUCAGCCACCGUCGAGGUCGAUCAAUUGGGUGAAUUGAUCCUGCGAGGCGUGGAGAGCCAGGGAAUGUCCACUCUCUUCACUGUCGUCCAGGAUCUCGAUAAGGUCCAGCCCGCCAAGCAGAGGCCGGGAGUCUUGGGUUCUCUCAAGUCCUUCAUCACUCAUUUUCACCCUGAGCAGGAGAAGCUCUACAGUCUCGACAACCGACAGGAAUGCGCCAACCUCAUGCGAUCCCUGUGCAGCACUACCCCCAAGGGCGUAAGGUGGAGGGAUGAGCGAAGUUGGAUGUUGGCGGAGUCUGUUCAGUUUGCACACGGCGUUUCAGACCCCACCAUCAUCACCGGUGUGGUGAGGGGUAGAGGCCUCAAGGCGGACCGGCUGGUCCAAGUUGGUGAUUGGGGCGCUUUCCAGAUUGAGAAGAUCGUGGCAGCUCCCCUGCCAAAGCAGGGAAAGAAGAAGGGAGAUGACAGUGCCGAGGCUGAUACUGAGGAGAAGGUCCUCGAGCAGCCUACCGAGGACUUGGAUGACCUGAACGAACUUGCCCCAGAGGACGUCAUGAUGGACGCCGAGGAUGAUGAUGCUAUGUCGACCAUGACUUCUCAGAAGAAGGGAGUGUUGUUAGAUGACCACCACUACUUUUCAGAGGGCGAGGAAGAGGAGCAACGGGUCAAGAAGCGUGUGCCAAAGGGAACUUCCAAGUACCAGUCUGCCUGGUACCUUGAGGACCUUUCAGACUCCGGCUCAGACCUGGAAGACUUGGAAAUGAAGGACGACGAGGAAGAGGAGGAUGAAGCGGCUCCUGAAGACGGCAUCGAGGGGUUCGCUGGCCCAGAGCCCACGGAAGCUGGUCCUUCCGAGUACCCCCAAUCUGAGAUGAUGGAAGAACUUGAUGAUGCGGCGAAUGCCGAGCAGCUCCUCCAGUUCCGUUCAAGGAAGCGGGAUGAGGCAGAAGAUGACAAGGAAUUCCCCGACGAGAUCGAGCUUCACCCCAACGUUCUUGCCAGAGAGCGGUUGGCCCGGUACAGAGGACUGAAAAGUCUGCGAACGAGUGAAUGGCAGGAGGAUGAGGACCGUGCUCACGAGCCCGAAGACUGGAGGAAGCUGCUACAGAUCCCAGACUACUCUUCUUCUCGCUCAAGAGCGACGCGAGAAGCCCUCGUCGGUGGCGUCGAGCCUGGAACCCGAGUUCACAUCUACAUCAGGGGCAUCGGUCCUGAGCUCGAGAAGACUUACAAGCCCAGCUCACCCGUCACCCUGUUUUCCUUGUUACGGCACGAGCAGAAGAAGACCUCUGUCAACUAUCUCAUCAACUUGAGCAGCGACUACUCCAAGUCCAUCAAGGCCAAGGAGGAUCUGAUCGUCCAAUGCGGUCCCCGCCGCAUGGUUGUGAAGCCCCUUUUCUCCCAGCCGGGCAACACGCCCAACGAUGUGCACAAGUACUGCAGGUACCUGCACCCGGGCCAAUCCGCCAUCGCUACUUUCCUGGGACCUGUGACGUGGGGCCCAGUCCCCGUGCUCUUCUUCAAGAAGACAUCUCCCGAAGAGGCUGCUGCCUCCACCGAGCAAGAAGAAGCCAACCUCGGCCUGACUCUGGUCGGUACGGGAACUGCCCUGCCAGCUUCAACGUCAAGAGUUGUCGCCAAGCGCAUCAUCCUCACGGGCCAUCCCUACCACAUCCACAAGAGGAUCGUCACGAUACGAUACAUGUUCUUCAACCGAGAGGACGUGGAGUGGUUCAAGGCCCUCCCUCUCUGGACCAAGCGCGGCAGGAGCGGAUUCGUCAAGGAGCCCCUGGGAACCCACGGAUACUUCAAGGCCACAUUCGACGGACACAUCAACCCUCAAGAUUCCGUGGGUGUGAGCAUGUACAAGAGGGUCUGGCCUCGCAAUGCGACCCCAGUGCGGGGGCCGUUAUUAGAAAUCGAGGACAACGGGCAACAGAACCAGGAUGGAGAUACGAUGAUGGAUGGGUAA